CCGGGGCGCCAGCUGUCCGUGUGCGAGUUCCGGGACGGCGGCGCCUGCGCGGGGGAGCGCGCUGCCGGCGGACACGGAGCUGACGCCUCGGAAAUUUGAAUAGCGCACGGCAUGGAGUGUGACCUCAUGGAGACUGACAUCUUGGAGUCGCUGGAGGACCUGGGUUACAAGGGGCCAUUGUUGGACGAUGCAGCUCUGUCCCAGGCCGUCUCCGCCGGGGCCACUUCCCCCGAGUUUACAAAACUUUGUGCUUGGCUGGUGUCUGAGUUAAGAGGACUUUGUAAACUAGAGGAAAAUGUGCAAGCAACUAACAGCCCGGGGGAGGCCGAAGGAUUCCAGCUUGAGGUGAGCGGGCUCCUGGGGGAGAUGAACUGUCCCUACGUCGCCCUGACAUCCGGGGACGUGACCAAGCGCCUUCUCGUCCAGAAGAACUGCCUCCUCUUGCUCACGUACCUCAUCUCAGAACUGGAAGCUGCCAGGAUGCUGUGUGUGAAUGCGCCUCCAAAGAAAGCUCAGGAAGGAGGUGGGAGUGAGGUCUUCCAGGAGUUGAAAGGCAUAUGCAUUGCUCUCGGAAUGUCCAAGCCUCCAGCCAACAUAACUAUGUUCCAGUUCUUCAGCGGAAUUGAAAAAAAAUUAAAGGAAACGUUAGCGAAAGUGCCGCCUAAUCACGUGGGAAAGCCUUUAUUGAAGAAGCCGAUGGGCCCCGCCCACUGGGAAAAGAUAGAAGCAAUUAACCAAGCCAUAGCCAAUGAGUAUGAAGUUCGGAGGAAGCUGCUGAUAAAACGUUUGGAUGUCACCGUCCAGUCCUUUGGCUGGUCUGACAGAGCUAAGAGCCAGACGGAGAAGCUGGCCAAGGUCUACCAGCCCAAGCGCUCCGUCUUGUCGCCUAAAAGUACCGUUUCCGUCGCGCACCUGCUGGCGGCCAGACAGGACCUGUCCAAGAUUCUCAGGACGAGCAGCGGCUCCAUCCGGGAGAAGACGGCCUGCGCCAUCAACAAGGUGCUGAUGGGCAGGGUGCCCGACCGCGGGGGCCGGCCCAACGAGAUCGAGCCGCCGCCCCCCGAGAUGCCGCCCUGGCAGAAGCGGCAGGACGGGCCCCAGCAGCCGUCGGGCGGCCGCGGCGGCGGCAGAGGCGGCUACGAACAUUCCUCGUACGGCGGCGGCGGCGGCGGCCGGGGCCACGAGUCAGGUGGCGGCCGGGGUGGACGCGGGGGCUACGACCACGGAGGCCGAGGGGGCGGCCGCGGGAACAAGCACCCUGGCGGCUGGACAGACGGCGGGAGCGGCGGCUACCAGGACGGCGGCUACCGGGACGCGGCCUUCCCGCCCGGCGGCGGCUACCACGGCGGCCAUGGCGGCGGCUACCAAGGCGGGGGCUACCAAGGCGGCUACCAGCCCGCCACCUACUCGGGCAGCGGCUACCAGGGCGGCUACCAGCAGGACAGCAGAUACCAGGAGGGCGGCCACCACGGCGAGCGCGGCGGCAGCGGCGGUCGCGGGGGGCGCGGGGGCAGAGGCGGCCGCGGGGGGCGCGGAGGCCAGGGCGGGGGCUGGGGCGGCCGGGGCGGCCAGAGCUACCACCAAGGGGGACAGUUCGAGCAGCACUUCCAGCAGGGCGGCUACCAGUACAACCACUCUGGAUUCGGACAGGGGAGACACUACACUAGUUGAGGCUACGGAACGCCGCGUUCUGCUCGAGCUCACGUAAUAGAAACUUAGCAUCAGGGUUUGGAACUGAGCGGCGGGGUUGGCUCGUGGGAGACGGGGGCAGGCAGGGCCGCUGGCGCCAGCGCCCGCAGGGCUUCCUGGGAAUCGGCUGGUUUCCCGAGACGCGCCUGCUGCGCCCCUGUAGGAAGUCCUUUACACAGGUGAUGCCUUUAACCGACCCUAGACUUACUUCAGUCAGAACACGCGACCUUAUGUACCUUAUUUUGGGCUUGGGGGAGGGAUGUGACUUGAUGUUUUCAUGUUUUCAGUGUGCGGUUUGGGAUGAGGAAUCGCCUUGAUUUUUUUUCCAGGUUGACCACUAGGGAACCCUUCUUGUAGUCGGUCGUUUUAUAUGUGUUCUCCUUCGAGUAUUUGAGACCUGUUUUCCCAGCACAAUUCUGCCCCGAUGGACUUUUUUUUAUUCCAAGAGGUCACGCCACACUUGCUUCGUGAUAGAACUUCUCCGUCUGUUCCUAUUAAAUGAGCUCGUCUGCAGCUAGCACAUUCAGUAGCCUUAUCCUCUGGACGGAAAACUGUACCCCACACGCAACUCUGAGAACCCCGAACACAGCCAAAAUCCCUAAAGAUCUUACAAGCCAACUUCAGUUGUGAACCUAUAGAACACGUAGGCGUUUAGUUAAGUAUAGCAACUCAAACUGACCGGACUCAAAACAAGUUCCUCUUUCAACACUUCUUUUUACUUGAAAUAUGCUAGAAGAAACGGCAAACUGAGAUUUGUUUUAUGCACGAGUUAAUACCACUGGCUCAGCGAAUACAAGUUAGUUUGCUUUGGGCAGGAGACCUUUUUUUGCCAUGGAAGAAAUGCACUACAAGGUAACAGAACCGGGACAUGUGUUUGCUUAGUGCAGGAGGCCCUUUUUAUUGCUGCAGAAAACGAAAGCCUGGCCGCGUUGGUGGUUCACGUUCUCCUUAACAAAAUCUACAGGAAGCUUCUUGCUGGGUUUUUGUAUACAUAAACAUUGUCAAGCUGUGAAAGAAAGUGGCUGGAGGUAUGCUCUGUGUGAAAGGUGAGCAAUAAAGUCUAUGUUUGUUCUUGC